CAUAUCGAGUAUCGAUAGUAGAGCAUCAUCUUCAUGUGGUUUUGUUUAUCAAUCGGACGUUGAAUGAUGCUUAACUAGUGAAUAAAAAUAAAUUCUACAUUUCUAUUGUAAUUUGUGUGCUUGAAAUAAAAAAAAAUUUGUGAAAUGGAACAAGAAAGUUAUCCUGAUUUGGAGAAAAUGUGCAGACUUUGCUUGCGUGUUUGUGAUGAGCGGGAACUCGUUGAUAUUUUCCCGCAAACUGCUAGCGCCUCUGCGGGAGCAAACACAACUGUUCAACUUUCCAUUCCAAUGCGUAUCAUGGCCUGUGCCUCUUUGGAAGUUCAAUCAGGUGAUGGCUUACCAAAAUCAAUAUGCAGUGAAUGUCGGUACCAAUUAGAAAAGUCUUACUACUUCCGCAAGCGUAGCCAAAAGUCAGAUUGUAAAUUGCGCAAGCAUAUACGAUUACUUAGUCUUGGCAAGAAAAGUCGUGUCUUUGCCAAUACGGAGGAUGAUGAUUUCGAAGAUGAACUCGAAUUUGAAGAUUCCAUUAAAUUUAUACAAAAAGAGGACGAAAACAAGCAAGCAGCAGAAACUGUAAUUUGGGAACAAAAGCUACAAAGAGAAUUCAACGAAAAACUUUCAAAAAUCAAAAAGGAAUGGAUCGAGGAGUAUAAAAUAAAAUUGCGGGCGGAUGUUGCGGCUGAGCUGCGUAGUACAGUUGCUGGUGAAGUGAAAGAAGAGUUGCGUAGUGAAAUGGAACAGGAAUUAAGAACCGUAUUACGCGAAGAAUGUCUAGAACAAGCAAAAGUUGAAUUACGUGACGAUGUAGUGGAUGAAUGUCGUGAGAUAGAGCGGCUUGCGUUGCUGGACGACUUGCAAAGUUUUCUCAACAAAAAAAAAGGUUCAAGUUCGGCCGCGAAGAAAGAAACUUUAUUGAAUUCCAUAGAAGUAGAUCUUCCCGUGAAAACUGUAAGAGUUAAGCGAAAAGAAGCAACAGUUAAAGAACCAGAAACUUCUAAUCAGGAGCAAGUUAUUGAACAAGACGCAAUUUGUGGAGAAAUAGAAACUGAUGCCGGUGAUGAAGUUAAUGGAGAAGACGAAGAAGAACCUGAAUUCUACUUAAUAGAAUCAAUUAACAGCCACGAAGAUGAAGGUUCCAUUUCGUCAGAAAAGUCACCAAGAAAACGACAAAAAAUUGAGAAGAGUCAAGCAUUUGAGUAUUUCACAAAUUUUCGUUUAACAGCCUCGGAUUGCAAUAACCAAGAACCUGUUACGGAGGAGUCAUAUCACAUUGCAGAUUCCGGUGAGGUAGAGUAUUACAAAAAAGUUUCAAAUAAUGCUGUCGAUGAAGAAGUUGAAUGUGCCGAAGUCGAGGGAGCAAAUGAGGAUGAAAACGAUGAGGAAAAUGGUGUUAUCGUUCUAAAUUUACCUGAGGAUAUGGAGUGUCAAUCAGUAGAGCCAAUGAAUUUCACAAAUCUAAAGAAAAUAUAUGUUAUGAAGUCUACAAAAUCCGCACAAAGUACCAGCGAUGAAAAGGAAGAACAAGAAGCAAAAGCGGAAGCGCAAAACAAACCAGAAUUUACUAAACAAAUAGUGACGAACGACAAAACUACUGCCGUUGAAUCCAAUGAGAGCUCAGGAUAUCCAGUGGCUGUACGGAAAACUGACACACCGAAAACAUUCAAAUGUGAUGCAUGCCCUAUGGAAUUCUCCACAGCCAAUGCAUUGAAUCGUCACCUACGCACACAUCAAAAAGGCGAACAACUUGGUGUUUCCUACCAAUGCUCCAUAUGUUCAGUAUAUUUAUCAUGCAAGAGUGCGCUCAAUCGUCAUAAGCUCAUACAUACUGGUGAGAAGCCGCAUGUAUGCGAAGAAUGUGGUAGAUCUUUUGUACAAAGAGAAGUGCUAAAACGGCAUAUGCUAACACACACAGGCGCACGACCGUUCAAGUGUGCACACUGCCGGCGGACAUUCACACAAAAGAAUAAUCUUCUAAAUCACACACUUCGAGCACACUCCGAAGUGUCGGUUGGACAACGUUUCUCAUGUCAUCUUUGCCCCAAACGUUUUAGUCACACAUCGGGACUUAGUCGACAUUUGGUAACGCACACGGGCUUGACGUUCCAGUGUACAGAAUGUGGCCGCAAAUUUGCUGAUCGUUCAUCCACAAAACGGCAUAUAGCAAAUGUACAUGGAAAAGCUGCUACAUCGGAGAGUGUAAAGAAAAUGACGGAUGUGGAAUUUUAUGAUGCCGACGAUACGGGCGAGGAGAAUGGUGCGGAAUUUUUAGUUUGCUCAUAAUAAUGACAUUAAAUAAACUAUUGCCAUUUUUUUUGUAUUAUAAUUAGUUUUGUGGCGUUUAAUCGCUAUGAAGCAUCAAUAUAUAUGUUAGCUUAAUAUUUA